UCAUCAUCAGCACUCGGCUCUGCUGGGACCGCUGUCCUGCGCCCCACAGUAGCGCUUGUUUUCUGUGUUUGUGCGAGACACCACCUGAACACCGCGUACUACGGGAGACAAUAACCCGUCGGCUUCGUGGGAAGAGUGGGAGAACACGCUGUGGACGAAUGAAGAAACCUUGUUCGAGAGGAAGGAGACAGAGUGCCCGCCUGACUUUACUUCCAACCAGCGUUAACGCUAUUUUGAUACAACCGCUUAGCUAACCGGCUAACUGGGAAUGUUUUCAGAAAUUAGCCCCACUGUUCGCUUGCUAGCUAGCUAGCUAAAUCGGGAGGAUUGAGCUGUACAGGUUUGUGCGAACACUCCUAAUGGUGUUUUGUUACCCGUCAUCGCGUUGAAGAACCGUGCAGUUUGUCUCGAGCCGGGUAUGUUGAACGUUUGGGUCUGCGCUGCCCGCUUGGUUGCUAAUCUCCAGAAGGGACAAUAGUUAAAGCUGCCUCGGCAACAAGUCGCGCGCACACUGCAGUCGUAACAUUAUCUCAGAAGUUAGCGACUUAGCGAGUGUGUGCAAUGUGGUUCUCGUUCACCAUAGAACCCAAACAUAAACACCGUGGCUCUGUGAGCAAAGUCUAGGUGAUGUUAUACAAAGGACCGUGGGGUGCCACUUUCACGUUAGAUCCCCAUCUCUAAGUGGAUCCAGUCGCGCUCGUGAAAGGAGAAACUGCCAGUUCGUUAGUCUCAACUAUUGACGAGGGGGCGAGGCGGACAAACACCAUAAAUCGCCCACAUGCUUUGGAUCAGUUCCCGGACUUGUGAAAGGCAUCUGAAGCAGAAGGUGGGAGAAGCGAGCGCACAGCCGUUGCAGCCCGUGGGAAGAUGGCGGAGCGCUCCCGCAGGAGGUGGUGAAACCAAAACCUGCAGACGCCUCGGAUUUAUCGCCAGACAUCUUAUCUCCGUUCGUAGGACACAUGCAGGCCAAAAAACGCUACUUAACUCUGUUCUCCGCCGGCGCGUGUCUCAUUCUGGUGUUUUGUUUUGGGGGGAUACAAGUCCCGCUGGCCCGGGGUCCCAGCCGGCGUGAUGACCGCAGCGUCGCCGGUUAUCGUCCCGGGGCGCGGUGGCGUCACUUCCCGGGCUCCCUGCAGCCUUUCAGGCGCUGGGAGCACGACUGGAGCGACGACCCCAAUGAACACAUGUCUCCCAGACACAAGAGGGACGCGAACUCGGGGCUUUACGGUGGGAAGCGCUGCAGAAUGGACUCCUGCUUUAAUUUCUCCCUGUGCGAGAAGAAUGGAUUUAAAGUUUACGUCUACCCCCAGCAGAAAGGAGAAAAGAUGUCGGAGAGCUAUCAGAACAUCUUGUCCUCUAUUGAGGGAUCCAUGUUCUACACACCCGACCCGGGACAGGCGUGCCUGUUUGUCCUGAGCUUGGACACCCUGGACCGGGACCAGCUUUCACCCCAAUACGUGCACAACCUGAAAGCUAAAGUCCAGAGCCUUCAUCAGUGGAAUGGGGGCAGAAACCACAUCAUCUUCAACCUGUACUCUGGCACCUGGCCGGACUACACAGAAGACCUCGGCCUUGACAUCGGCCUCGCCAUGCUGGCCAAGGCCAGCAUCAGCACCGAGAACUUUAGGCCCGGCUUCGACGUUUCGAUCCCUCUGUUCUCCAAAGAACACCCCAGGACCGGAGGGGAGAGGGGCUACUUGAAACAUAACACGAUCCCCCCUUACAGGAAGUACAUGCUCGUUUUCAAGGGGAAGCGGUACCUAACAGGAAUCGGUUCAGACACUCGGAAUGCAUUAUAUCACGUCCAUAACUCGGAGGACGUGGUCCUCCUUACCACCUGUAAGCAUGGGAAGGACUGGCAGAAGCACAAAGAUGCACGCUGUGAUAAAGACAACACAGAGUAUGACAAGUAUGACUACAGAGAGAUGCUGUACAACUCCACCUUCUGCCUGGUACCCCGAGGACGACGACUGGGUUCUUUCCGCUUCCUGGAGGCCUUGCAGGCAGCUUGUGUGCCGGUGAUGUUGAGUAACGGCUGGGAGCUGCCCUUCUCAGAGAUCAUCGACUGGAAUACGGCAGCCGUGAUUGGUGACGAAAGGCUGUUAUUACAGAUCCCCUCAACAGUGCGCUCCAUUCACCAGGAUAGAAUCCUGUCUCUGAGGCACCAGACCCAGUUCCUCUGGGAGGCUUAUUUCAACUCUGUGGAGAAGAUAGUACUGACCACCCUGGAGAUCAUCCAGGACCGGGUACUGCGGCACACCUCGAGGAGUAACCUUAUGUGGAACAGUCUGCCUGGAGGCCUCUUCACGCUGCCCCAGUACUCGACGUACCUGGGAGACUUCCCCUUCUACUACGCCAAGCUCGGUGUUAAGCCGUAUACCAAGUUCACGGCAAUCGUUCACGUGGUCAGCCCACUAGUCUCCCAGUCCCAGCCGGUCAUGAAGCUCCUCGUGGCUGUGGCCAAGUCCCAGUACUGUGCUCAGGUGAUCGUUCUGUGGAACUGUGACAAACCUCUUCCUGCCAAGCACCGCUGGCCCGUAACCUCAGUUCCUGUCAUUGUUAUAGAAGGAGAAAACAAGGUGAUAAGCAGUCGCUUCCUGCCCUACGACACAAUCCCCACCGAUGCCGUACUGAGUCUGGACGAGGACACCGUGCUCUCCACCACAGAGGUGGACUUUGCCUUCACGGUGUGGCUUAGUUUCCCAGACCGCAUCGUCGGUUACCCGGCACGCAGCCACUUCUGGGAUGGCAACAAGGAGCGGUGGGGCUACACUUCCAAAUGGACCAACGACUACUCCAUGGUGCUGACCGGGGCCGCCGUCUAUCACAAAUACUACCACUACUUGUACACUACCUACCUUCCCGCCAGUCUGAAGAACAUGGUGGACCAGAUGUCAAACUGCGAGGACAUCCUGAUGAAUUUCCUGGUGUCCUCUGUGUCCAAACUACCACCCAUCAAGGUCACCCAGAAGAAACAAUACAAGGAGACCAUGAUGGGACAGAGCUCUCGGGCGUCUCGCUGGGCUGACCCGGACCAUUUUGCCCAGCGUCAGACUUGUAUGAACAAGUUUGCCAGCUGGUUUGGCACCAUGCCCCUCGUCCAUUCUCAGAUGAGGCUGGACCCAGUACUGUUUAAAGACCAGGUGUCCAUACUGCGGAAGAAGUAUCGGGACAUUGAGAGACUAUAACCCCUCCGAAGCCCCCCCCUGCCCCUCUCCCGGCUCUCUGAACACGGCGCAGACUGGGCAAGGGGGCAGUGACAAAAGAGAAAGGCGGAGCCUCUCCACGGUUGCAUGGGUGGAUCAGUGAAGAAGCACAUGGGCCCCCCCCCCCCCCUCCCGCAGAGGGCAAGGAGGACCGGAAACUGGAACAGAUGUGUAGGAACCACACGCAUCGGUGCGCUCCGUUGUGUCCAUUUCUGCCCUUUCUGUAAUGUGCAAGGGGGCGGGGUCACACAACGGAUGCCGCGCUCAUCUCUGUGCUGUUUGUGCUGCUCUGUGCACGCAGGUCACUGAAAGUCUCUCUGAUGGAAUAUUAUUGCUGAUUGUGACGAUUGUUUUGUACACGGUGAAUGAAUGGCCAGCACUUCUCCCCCUGUUUCGUCUUCAUUAAAACCAAUAGCAGGUGGUCAGAGAGAGGAAUGAUGACCCCAUCCCCCUCAACCAGGUAAAUGAGUUCUGAUCAAUUAUUUGAUGUUCACAGUGCCUCGAGUUUAUCUAAUGGCAUAUGGGUCUGGAGUGCGGGAAAGUCGUUGUGUUUUUGUUCUCUCAAAUUCUCUCUCUGCCUGUAUAAUUGAUGGAAUAAUGGUUCUAGUAAAUUCUUCAUGUCAGCAUUGUUCUUGAUUCCUUGCCAAACUAAAAUGAAGGCUUCUUUGUAUUCAAUUGGCAAACAAAAUAAUCAUUACGUGCCAUUCUUCACUAUUUUUUCAAAGUAUGUGCUGGCCUAAGGGACGGACGACGAUCACACGAGUUGCCUUGGUUUAGGGGGGGCUGAGCCUUCUCCUCCAGCCCAGGGUCUGUUUGGAAAAGGAACCACUGUGGUUGUUUUGGGCUCGGUCAGCAGAUGAGAUUUGUUAUCGUCUUCAUGCCUUGACUAAAUUUAUGUCGUCCUCUGACUUGAGCUUUCAGCCUCAGUGUUUGCAUCGUACUAACUCCCCUACUUUAAUUUCUUCUUUAACACAUUGGCGCAAGAAUUUCCCCACCAAUUGUGAUACUGUUAAAAGGCACAGGGAGGACAUUUGCAGAAAGGCUCCAAGUUGUUCAUUUGUUGUAGUCCUUCAUCUCUGAGAUUGAGAGGGGGGCAAUGCGCUCCUGGGCUUAAAGCCAUAAAGGCAUUUUAUCAUUGAGGACAUGAAAGUUGGUUCCAUGUUUAUAUUUAUAAAUGGCAACUUGAUCAUUUGCUUUGUUUUUCUCAAUCUAAUAAUUGUAUCUAAUUAACUGCAAAUGUGGAAAUGCAAUAGUCUGAAAAUAUUUUAAUUUUUUCACAUGGAUCCCAAGGUUUAUUGACUGAAAAGUGUUGGUUUAAUGUUCAAUGGGCUGUGUGUUUGGGAAAGAAAGGUGCUGUAUGGUCUUUUUUUUCACAUCUUGGAAGCAAACAAAACAAUCCUGGUAUUACUAAACCGAGCUAUGGAGCGAGCCCAAUAUGGCCACAAUGGAACCAUAUUUCAGAAAUGAACUUGGUGCAAUAUUUAAGAUGAUAUCUCUUCUCCUCCUUUGUGUUGUCUCACGGGGCCAGAGGGUUAUAUAUUGAUGUGCCUUCAGAAGAAAUGCGCUUGUUUUGUUUUUUUUAUUUCAUUUUUUUCCCCAUCUGCCUUGUGCAAGAAACACGUCCCUGUUUUCAUUUCAUAGUUCAUUGUUUUCUUUAUCGAUA